AUGGCCCGGGCGGGCAGCGGCGGCGCGGCGGCCCCGGAGCGCGUGGGGGGCGCGGCGCGGCCCGAGCCGUGGGAGCUGUCCCUGGAGGAGGUGCUGAAGGUCUACGAGCAGCCCAUCAACGAGGAGCAGGCCUGGGCCGUGUGCUUCCAGGCCUGCCGCGGGCUGCGGGGCGCGCCGGCCGGCGGGAGCCGCAUCCGGGACACGGCGGACAUCCUCCUGCGCAGGGACGGCUCGGUCGGCGCGCGGCGGGAGCCGGAGCCCACAACGAUGGUGGUGAUGCCGGCCAGCUCAGAAGCCCAGAUGGUGCAGUCCUUGGGCUUUGCCAUCUAUCGUGCACUAGACUGGGGGCUGGAUGAGACAGAGGAGCGCGAGCUCAGCCCACAGUUGGAGCAGCUUAUUGACCUCAUGACCAAUAGUGACUGUGAGGACAGCAACUGCGGGGCUAUGGAUGAGGGAUAUGGAGGUCCUGAGGAGGAAGAGGAGGCCGAAGGGGGACCCCGCACUGUACGUACUUUCACCCAAGCCAUGCGGCUGUGUGCAAUCCGCCUGACAGACCCCCACGGCGCACAAGCCCACUACCAGGCAGUGUGCCGUGCACUGUUUGUGGAGACACUGGAGCUUCGAGCCUUCCUAGCCCGGGUCCGGGAGGCCAAAGAGAUGUUGCAGAAACUGGGGGAGGAUGAGCUGCAUGUGGAGAAGCCACUGGCUGAGCUUGACAACUUGAGACAUACGGACUGGGCUCGACUGUGGGUCCAGCUUAUGCGGGAGCUGCGACAUGGAGUGAAGCUGAAAAAGGUGCAGGAACAAGAGUUCAAUCCUCUGCCCACUGAAUUCCAGCUCACCCCUUUUGAAAUGUUGAUGCAGGAUAUUCGUGCCAGGAACUACAAGCUGCGCAAGGUCAUGGUAGAUGGGGAUAUUCCUCCCAGAGUGAAGAAGGAUGCACAUGAGCUUAUCUUGGACUUCAUCCGCUCCCGGCCUCCACUAAAGCAGGUCUCAGAGAGACAGCUUCGCCCAUUGCCACAAAAGCAAAGGACCCUGCAUGAAAAGAUCCUAGAGGAGAUCAAACAGGAGAGGAGAUUGCGUCCAGUAGAGGGUCAGCACUUGGGUGCCCGUGGGUUUGGCUCUCUGCCUUGCAUCCUCAAUGCCUGCUCUGGAGAUGUCAAAUCCACCUCCUGCAUCAACCUGUCUGUCAUGGAUGCCGGGAGCAGCAGCCAUCGUCCAAGGCCCAGAGUCCUACUCAAGGCCCCCACCUUAGCAGAGAUGGAGGAGAUGACCACAUCUGAGGAAGAAGAGUCUCCCUGUGGAGAAGUGAUGUUGAAGCGGGAUCGCUCUUUUUCGGAGCAUGACCUGGAUCAGCUCCGGUGUGAGGUGGUAUCUGGCUUGAAACCAGCUACUCAGCCCGCACGAGGGACAGAGCCAUCCCGGCCACGAGCAGGCAGCAUGAAUACCUGGAGAUCCAGCACCCAAGACCAGGUUUCUUGUGCUGUGAAUGUCCAGUUCCAGUCUGACCCCAUCUGCCCACCACUCAGCAGUCUGAGCUCAGCGAACAGACCCAAGGCUUCUGAGCCAGAUGCCAGACACCAAUGGCUGCAGGACUCUGCCCACCAGGAGUUCAGCCAUCCUGUGGAGAGCCUGGCCCUGACUGUGGAGGAGAUGGUGGAUGUGCGACGUGUUCUGGUCAAGGCUGAGAUGGAGAAAUUUGUCCAGGACAAGGAGCUCUUCAGCAGCCUGAAAAGGGGGAAGAUUUGUUGCUGCUGCCGGGCCAAGUUCCCACUUUUCUCUUGGCCACCCUCAUGUCUCUUCUGCAAGAGAGCCAUCUGCACUUCCUGUAGCAUAAAGAUGAAGAUGCCUUCCAAGAAGUAUGCACACAUUCCUGUCUACACAUUGGGCUUUGAGAGUCCUCAGAGGAUGUCAACUGCCAAAGCCACACCUACACAGAAGAGAGAUGCUUUCCAAUCCCUUCAGGGGCCACAGUGGCGGAGUGUAGAAGAGGAGUUCCCCCACAUCUAUACCCAUGGCUGUAUCCUGAAGGAUGUUUGCAGCGACUGCACCAGCUUUGUGGCUGAGGUAGUACGAUCCAGCCGGAAAAGCGUGGAUGUUAUCAACGCCACACCACGCCGCAGCCGCCAGACCCAGUCUCUCUAUAUCCCCAACACCAGGACUCUUGACUUCAAAUGACUUCCCAAGAUGGAUAAGCUGAACCAUCCUGCUCCGGGCCCUGGGGCACAGCUGUCUGCCCACGGUCCUGGGCUGUGCAUGUACAUAUAUACAUAUAUAGAUACAUUUAUAUAAUAUACACACCUGGCCUAUAUAUUUAUAUACAUUGUCUCCCAAGCCUAGGUGUCUGAGGCCAGGCUUACUCCAACACCCGCCCUUCCCCCCCUUUCCUUUUCUUCUCAGGACUCCUUGGAGGGCAUAAGGAUUUCCUCAGGAGGAGGGCAGGGGAUGCUAGAUCUGGGGGCCAUUGGCAUAGCUUCCUUGACUGGGGUCCUGGUUAUUCUCCACUCCAGGAGUGAAUGCAUAGCUGCCUCGUCUCCAUGACUGGAUGUCCAGACUGGAUGUCCAGACUGGGACAGGACACCUUGGUUUCCAGGUAGACCCAGAGUAGG